AUGAAAUCUAGUCGUAUUCGAAGAAGGCAAAUCAGCUCGUCGUUGGCUGAUGAGCCACAGGUCGAGUUGCUCGGAGGAGAUGUGGUGGAAACGACAUUCGGAGGUCACAAUGAAGGCCGUCCGAUCGACCCGCUCGAGGACUGGAUUAUGUCGGAUCCCGAUGAUCCUACUAGAGAUGGUGCCCUCACUGACGAGGAGACUGCAGAUGAUGACGCAGUCACUGGUGUUGGUAUGGAUGACGCACAGGAUGGCGGUAGUCAGGAUGCCGACGAGCAGAAUACAGUACGCUUGUCAUUACUAUUUCUCGGGGCAUCUUGA